GACGUCAGAACCCGGAAACGGCGGCUGUCAGCAGUACAAGCUGGGCAGUGCUGCCCAUACACUAAUCGUUACCUGCGGCACCGGGCUGUGUGUUCCGUGGUCGCAGCCCUGAGUGACCCAGUAUGUGGCUUCCUGACAAGUGAUUGCGGGAGGAGGGAUGUACCCGGGAAGAUGCUGCCAGCUCCCCGCCUGCUGUGACCCGGUGCCCGGCUGACCCCACUGGCUGAUGGUGAAGCGAAGCCCUCGGACGAUCCUCUCACCUCACCUAUCAACAUGGAUCUGAAAUUCAACAACUCAAGGAAAUAUAUAUCCAUCAGUAUUCCUUCAAAGACGGACACCAUGUCACCUCACAUUAAGUCUGUUGAUGACAUCAAGGUGCUUGGCAUCAAUCUCAGCCAGUUCCAGAAGCCUGUGCAGUUUUUCAUUUGUGUUACUGGAGUUUUUGUCUUUUAUUUAAUAUAUGGAUAUUUGCAGGAGCUGAUAUUUUCCAUUGAAGGCUUCAAACCAUUUGGUUGGUACUUGACUUUAGUACAGUUUGGCUUUUACUCUAUGUUUGGAUUAGUAGAACUUCAACUAACACAAGACAAGCGCAGGAGGAUACCUGCAAAAACCUACAUGAUAAUUGCCUUCCUUACAGUGGGCACCAUGGGUCUUUCAAACACUUCCCUUGGGUAUCUGAAUUAUCCUACUCAGGUUAUUUUCAAAUGCUGUAAACUGAUCCCAGUGAUGAUUGGAGGCGUGUUCAUUCAAGGGAAGCGGUAUAAUGCUGUGGAUGUGACUGCGGCUUUAUGCAUGAGUGCUGGUCUCAUAUGGUUUACACUGGCUGAUAGUACAGUUGCUCCAAACUUCAAUGUGACAGGUGUGGUGCUUAUAUCUCUUGCGCUCUGUGCUGAUGCUGUAAUAGGAAAUGUGCAAGAGAAGGCUAUGAAAUUACACAAUGGCUCUAAUUCAGAAAUGGUUCUGUAUUCAUAUUCUAUCGGAUUUGUUUACAUUUUGCUGGGCCUCGCCGUUUCCAGCGGAUUGACUCCCGCUGUAUCGUUCUGUUCCAAGUAUCCAUUUCAGACGUACGGUUAUGCAUUCUUCUUCUCCCUGACUGGCUAUUUUGGGAUUUCUUUUGUUCUCGCAUUGAUUAAAAUCUUUGGGGCUCUUGUUGCCGUGACAGUUACAACUGGAAGAAAGGCCAUGACCAUUGUGCUAUCCUUUUUAUUUUUUUCAAAACCUUUCACCAUCCAAUAUAUAUGGUCUGGAUUAUUAGUUGUACUUGGAAUAUUCUUAAACGUCUACAGUAAAAACAUGGACAUAAUUAAAUUGCCUCAUCUGUACAAUAUUCUAAAGAAAAAAGGCACAGAAGGAAAAUCAAGGACGUUCUCACAGACUGUAUAAAAUAUAUAUUUUUCUUUAUAUUUUUUUUUAACAUUAACAAUCAUUAAAUGAUUAUAUUUUUCCAAAUGGAAACGGAUACACUAAUGAGAAGGUGAAGGCAUAUUGUCUGCUGUGUUGCUGCUGAAGUGUAAGCCAAGGAGGUGAUUUCACCACUCAGUAAUACGCAUUUUACUGGACGUGACACUGUAAGGUGUCUUCCAAUGAUGUAUGGUACUCGGGGACCUAUUACCUCUCUAACAGAGGCAUACACACUAGUGGACCAUGACGUUUUUAUGGCAUUUUUAUUUUUACUGUUCUUAAGUCAAUGUUCCAACAGGGAGUUGUCCGUUUUAAACACCAAGUUAUCUGUGUACAUAUACAAUGCAUAUAUCAUGUUGCGUAAAAUCAUGGUGGGUAUGGACCAUAUUUGUCUGGCGGGUGGGGUCCCUUUUACCAAUAAAUGUUUCAUCUGUCGAUCUUAA